GACACACAAGCAGCAAGUUACAGCACGGUUGCCGACUGCCAGUGUCUCUGUUCAGUAUUACUAGUGUACCUACGCUGCCAGACUUCGAUUUUUUUUCUAUUCCUCGCUGAUACAUAAUUUAGUGUUUAGCAAAAAUCACCAGAGAGAUAUAGGAGUUCAUGCGGUGUUUACCUGGUGAUUUCCACGUCAUUUUAAAGGUGAUUUAUUUCUUCCUAGCCUGCCCCCAACUACAGCGCUCUUUUAAUUUCACUGUCCUCACCUCACUUCCACCCCCUCCUGCAGCCCCAUCCCCCUUCUGCAUAGCCAUCAUCUUCUUCAUCUCUAUCUCUGCAUCUGCAGCAGCUCCACCCGUCGCCUUCCAGCUGCCCCCAUCUCAUUUCCUUCUUACGUGGUAGGGGUCCUGCACGUAAGACCAUCAAUACUGCUCCUAGGUCCCAGUCAGGCUCAUCUGUCUGCUGUUGGCCAAAUCUCUGCCAGCGUACAUAUUUUCAGAGGUCCAACGGGGGGACUGGUCACCAUCUGUCAGUCUGCUCGCGUGCAGCAUUUCUGGCACCCGGGUUCAACUCCGCUGCGUGGCUCGAGAGGCUUGACCCCCUGAGGAACGCCUCGUCUUGUGCAGCAAGAGAGGAAGAGAGGCUACAACAUGAAUCUCCUGCCUGUUGGUGUCUUCCCAGAGUCCAGGUUUUCCCUUGUCCUUCUCCGGCCCACAAUCACUAUCCGUGUCAGGAUGCUCCUGUGGGCAAGCGUACGGCUAUUGCUGGCCCAGCCCCCAUCAACCCUCGCCAAUACUCAACUUUAUGACCCCGGUUACCUUUGCUCCUCCACCCCCCAUAAGGGAGAAUUUAACCGACUGUAUAGUGGUGUGGUGAGUCAGACUAUAGAAGAGAGCUACUCCUUCAACUACCUAGCAACGCCUGGACAGGUGGAUGCAGUUCGAGUGUACGUUAGCACAUCUUCUUCUGAUCUGCAGUAUCCAGUUCUGUUUUUAGUUCGGCAACAGAAAGGAGUUUUGUCAUGGCAAGUCCCACUCAUUCUUCGGGGGCUUUACCAGCGGACCUAUCCCUAUCAGGAAGUAAGUCGCACCCUUUGUCCAGUGGAACCCACCAUCCAGGAGAAGCCCUCAGAGCAGUUAAUGUUUGUUGAUGUAGCUUCGAUGGCGCCAUUCAAUGUGCAUUAUGAAUUGUUAAUCACCAAAGUUAGACAUUUUGAGCUACAGACAGAUGUUGCCUUUAAUUUCAGUGCUACACCAUCCCAGCCAUGGUAUUUCCUCUAUACGUUUCCAGAAAAUGUGGACUCUGUGAUCAUCAAGGUAGUCUCUGAAAAAGCACACCCCUGCUUAGUUGUAUCUGUACAAGAUACAGUGUGCCCUGUCUAUGACCAGGACCAUAAUGUGGAAUUUAUUGGUGUAUAUCAGACCAUGACGAAGAAGUCAUCCAUUACCAUACAGAAGAAUGAUUUCCCUGGAGGAAAAUUCUAUGUGGUCUUUGUAAUAAAGCCAGAAGAUUAUGCUUGUGGUGGUUCAGUGCCCUCCUCUUCAAGUAAAGGAAAGGGAAACCAUACUUGGAACCUUGAACGAAUAAAAAACCUUGACGUGACAAUAACACCCUCCAUUGAUGAAUCAGUUUAUGUAAGAGCUGUCGUCUUCUGUGUCAUCGUGUUUUUCUCUUUCUACUCUGGAGCAUUGAUUAUUGCUUUUGUUCAUUACAUCAAAAUUCAUAGGAAGGACUUGGAAGGAAUAUACAGCCCAGAUGAUGAUGGAGCUGGUGUUGUGGCAGCUUCUCAUCCUAUUGCAAGCAGUGCAGCUGAAGCUGACAGCUAUGGGGCCAUUGAUGAAUCGUGUCCUAGCCCUGGUGGGCAUGCAUCUUCACUGGGGAAAAUAACUCACCAUUGUUCACGUUCAAGCAGUUCUGUAGAUGAGGACAGCGAUUUUGAUACACUCCAGGAUAUUAGUCAUGACAAAAAUGCAGCAAGAAACAAGGUACUACUCUAUGUUUCUGAUUUGUCACGAAAGGAUAACAAAACUGUUAGCAAGAAGUCCCAUAUCUACUUCUGGAACAUUGCAACCAUCUCUGUGUUUUAUGCACUUCCAGUAGUGCAGCUUGUUAUCACCUAUCAAACCGUUCUCAAUGUGACUGGUAAUCAAGAUAUCUGUUACUACAACUUCUUAUGUGCUCAUCCUCUUGGAGUCUUGAGUGCUUUUAACAACAUCCUGAGUAACAUUGGUUACAUCAUGCUGGGAUUACUUUUCCUUCUGAUUGUGCUGCGUAGAGAUAUUCUUCACAGACGAUCACUGGAGGCCAAAGACAUCUAUGCACUGGAGUAUGGCAUCCCUAAACAUUUUGGCCUUUUCUAUGCCAUGGCCAUUGCAUUAAUGAUGGAAGGAGUACUAAGCGCUUGCUAUCACGUCUGCCCAAACUACUCCAAUUUUCAGUUUGAUACCUCCUUUAUGUAUAUGAUUGCUGGACUCUGCAUGUUGAAGCUGUACCAGACAAGGCAUCCAGAUAUUAAUGCUAAUGCAUAUUCAGCAUACGCAUCUUUUGCAGCUGUCAUUUUCUUAGCUGUGCUGGGUGUGGUAUUUGGGAAAAAUGAAACAUGGUUCUGGGUUUUGUUCUCUGUGACGCAUAUCCUGGCAUCUUUGGCACUCAGUACACAGAUCUAUUUUAUGGGCCGAUUUAAAUUAGAUGUUUCUAAUGCAGACAUUGGAAUAUUCAGGCGCAUUGGCAUGGUGUUGUAUACUGACUGUAUACAACAGUGUAAUCGGCCAACAUACAUGGACAGAAUGGUUCUUCUCAUUUUAGGAAACCUGGUGAACUGGUCUUUUGCUAUUUUUGGACUGGUGUCAAGGCCAAAGGACUUUGCAUCAUACCUCAUGGGAAUCUUCAUUUGCAAUCUGCUGUUGUACCUGGCCUUCUACAUCAUAAUGAAGUUGCGAAAUUCUGAAACAAUAAAACCAAUCCCUCUUUUCUGCAUCAUUGCCACAGCUGGGGUCUGGGCAUCAGCACUCUAUUUCUUCUUUCAAGUUCUGAGCAGUUGGGAGGAAACUCCUGCACAAUCCCGAGAACACAACCGGGAAUGCGUCCUUCUGGAAUUCUUCGAUGAUCAUGAUGUCUGGCACUUCCUCUCAGCUAUUUCCAUUUUCUUUUCCUUUCUGGUAUUGUUGACAUUAGAUGAUGACUUGGACUAUGUCAGACGAGACAGAAUCCCUGUGUUUUAAAAAUGCAGAUGUAAAUGAGCUCUGUGAUGCAGAUUUUUCAGACUGUGUACUCAUAGAAUAUUUCAAAAAAGACUCAAGCAAACAACUCGCACAUCAUGAAAUAUUUUCAUGGCAGAUGAUUCAGAAUGGGAUCUGGCCUCCAGAUGUUGAUCUUUAUGUGAAAUUUCCAUGAUGCAUUAGUGUAACAGCCCAGUCUGUUACUGUCAUAUGACCACAAGUAAUCUUUUUGUUUUUAUACUGUUACGAUUCCUGGUACUUCAUGCAGAUUAAAUUCUUUCUAUUAAGCUUGAGCUUAUUGAAAUUUACAUGAAACUUCUGUACAUAUGGACUCAGCCUAUGGAUGCAUUUUUUUUUCCAUUUUAUAAUUAUCUAUUUCACUGAACUUUAAAAACAAGUAAAUUAAUCGCCAUUCCAUUUGUGGUUUAUUUAUUUGAAAAUGUGGUGAUCUUUGAAGAUCUUGACUGCAGUGCCCUUUGAGUUUUUUAUACUGAAUUAAGUUUGUUUUUAAAGAGCAUUUAUUGGUAUUGGCAUUUGGCAGACUUAGUUUGUUAAAGAGGAUGUGCUGUUCAUCCUACAUGUAAAGGUAUAAAGAAUUUUUGGUAUAAAAUUGGUCAUAAUGAUCACAUAAGUAAAUUGCCAAAUACACAUGGAUUUGAUUAAGGGCAACACAGAUUUUACACAAUAAACAUGUUUACAAUUUCACACCUGAUAAACUGUUCUUAAUGAAAUCAUUAAUUUAUUUUGUAUUAAAAUAAGAUUAUUCAAAAGAUAAAAAAGAUACAUUUAUAUUGGCCAGAAUCCAUCUUAUAUACCUUCUAUACAUGGCCUGCAUAAUGACACUGUAGAGCACAAGGCAGGCUUAACAAAUGGGGGUUGUUUUCCAAAUUGAUGUCGGUAUACACAUUUUUAAUUAUUGAUUUAAUUUGAUUCUUUGAGUAUCAUAUAUAUUUAAAUGUAAUAUAUUUUGCUGAUAUAAGCUUAGUAGUUCUUAAAGCUUUAUUUCUUUAAUCUGAAUGCUAAAGUAAUUUAUUUAGAAUGGUAAUUCUGAUCCAAUAAAUGAAACUUGAGCUGUUUGGCUAGUUCUAAUGCACAAAAAAGGUGUUUGCAUUAAUCUUGGAUGCCCAUUCAAGGUGAAAUAGUUCUAGACAGGGUAAGCAACCUUAUUUUGAGCAGAGCACCAAAAAUCAUGACUUCUUCUCUUGCAAGGUGUUAUGUGCCAAGCAGACUGCUACUGAUGUGAUAUUUGCAUAUGCAGAUAUAUUUUAAAUACAUGGACUGUAUUUCUCAUUAUGGAGUCACCCCUUUUCUAGUAUCAUUAACAGAGAGCACAACAGAUCAUACUUCACAAAAACCCUAUGAGAAUCCAAGCACCUAUUUAUAUUUAAUGUAUACUACGGUGCAGUUACCCACAUUUUCUGUAGCUCUGCCCCGAAUAUAGACAACUGUGAUGAUAGAACAAAUAAUUUCACUACCAAAUAUAUAUUGUCUCAAGAUAAUAGGUACCUUGGGGUCAUUUUCUAUACUCACUUAAGAAAAGAUUUCUUACUAGAAUUACAGUUUUGGAAAUUGUAUAUAUUUUAUUUCUAAGAAUGUCUUGAGAGAAACAAGAGUGUUAAAUAAUAAUAAUGUUAAGCACAUCAGGCAUACUUUGAUAUGUACAUCCUACAGCACAAUUACAUUCAUUUUAAUGUGCAUGUUUACAACACCAUGAAUCUGAAUCAUAAACAUUUUGUCACAGGAAUGAUUUUUUUGUAUUCUUAAUGCACAGUCUUGUUUGUAAUGUAUAUAUAAAUUGUUUGUACCACUCUGAAACUUGUUACAGUUGAAGCAUAUACUGUACCUGACAUUACCAGUAUAAUAUCUUAAUAAAGAUGGAAAGCCAAAAGUGCAAAA